GCUGAUUGGCUGGUCGCCGGGGUCAGCCCCUGCCCGGUGACCCCGGAGUGAGGAGAGGAGGUGGCUCCUCCUCAGUCAGUCAGUCGGUCGGUGCAAAGUGAGUCCCCCUCCGCAGCCGCUUCUCUUCUUCGCUCUCCCAGCCGUGCCUACGGUUCCCUUCUCCUCCUCGAGUACGCAAGCCCUCCCCCCCCCUUGCCCCGCCAGCGAGGGGGCGAAGUGGCCGCGGGCUGGCGGCUGGGCCGGGCCCGUGAGUGACUGAAAAAGAAAGAGAGAGACACGGAAAGACAGACAGGCUCAUGCCGCUGCAGAAUAAAUUCGCAGAUUUUGAAUCCAAAACAAAAGUCAAGAGGCAAAGAUGUAAUGGAAGAAUCCAGUAUCCAGGAAAGCAGUUUGCUUGACACAUUAUACCUGCCAACAAGGUUAUGUAUAAUGAAGAUGGGAAAUACAACUAACAAAAAGUGACCUCUGCUUAUAAGUUGCAGGUGACCUGUGAGACCUCAUGAUCCUUCUUUAGGAGGCAGAUUCUGCGAGGAUGUUACAUCACCACUGCCGGAGGAACCCCGAACUACAGGAAGAAUUGCAGAUUCAGGCUGCGGUGGCUGCUGGAGAUGUUCACACUGUGCGCAAGAUGCUAGAGCAGGGCUAUUCUCCAAAUGGUCGAGAUGCCAAUGGCUGGACCUUGCUCCAUUUCUCAGCAGCAAGAGGAAAAGAAAGAUGUGUCCGUGUAUUCCUCGAACAUGGAGCUGAUCCCACAGUGAAAGACUUAAUUGGAGGCUUCACUGCUCUACAUUAUGCAGCUAUGCACGGCCGAGCUCGGAUUGCACGCCUAAUGCUGGAAUCAGACUACCGCGUUGAUAUCAUUAAUGCAAAAAGUAAUGAUGGCUGGACUCCUCUGCAUGUGGCUGCUCACUACGGCAGAGACUCGUUUGUCCGUCUCCUGCUGGAAUUCAAGGCUGAGGUUGAUCCACUCAGUGACAAAGGUACUACACCACUUCAACUGGCUAUUAUCCGCGAAAGGUCCAGCUGUGUCAAAAUACUCCUAGAUCACAAUGCCAACAUUGACAUUCAGAACGGCUUCCUGUUGCGCUAUGCUGUGAUCAAAAGCAAUCAUUCUUAUUGCCGGAUGUUCCUUCAGAGAGGGGCUGAUACAAACUUGGGGCGCUUAGAAGACGGGCAGACACCAUUGCACUUGUCUGCUCUUAGGGAUGAUGUACUCUGUGCACAGAUGUUAUACAACUAUGGUGCAGACACUAAUACAAAGAACUAUGAAGGACAGACUCCGCUGGCAGUUUCAAUAAGUAUUUCUGGAAGUAGCCGACCUUGUUUGGAUUUCCUACAAGAAGUAACAAGGCAGCCACGGAACUUACAAGAUCUAUGCCGAAUUAAAAUCCGCCAGUGUAUAGGCCUUCAAAACCUCAAACUACUUGACGAACUACCAAUUGCCAAGGUUAUGAAAGACUACUUAAAACACAAAUUUGACGAUAUCUGACAUUUUUGCAAAAACGUUGGACGAUAAGCAAGAUUAGUUUAUAUUCCAGAUACCUUUCAAAGGCUGGUCACCUUGCACAACGUAUAUCCUAUGCAAUUUCUGAUUUUUUGUUUUCCCCGAGAAGUCAGAAGGCAGGUAUACAAUUUCUUUGGGAGGGGGGUGUUUUAUACCAAAUGCUAGAAGGUCUUACUUUUUUAUUAUUUCUUGGUCCAAGUUUACAAGAUCCAAGCUCUCUAUACAACUUUACGAUUGUAGUCUGGUUUCCCCAACCCCUCUCUACAGGGGUGAGUAUCUUAUUUUUUUUAUUUUUAAAACACUUAAACUUGCAGCUUUGAAAUGAAGACAGAAUGUCAGUUGUUCAAAUGGAUCCUUCCCGUACCCCAAUGUAGCAUGUGUAAUACUGUGAGAUGGCUGAGUGAAUGCUAAACAAAGUAAAAGUGUAGGAGACUUAAGGAAGUAACCCACAACACGCUACUGUUGUAUAGCCUCUGUUCCAUGGGGAAUCCUAGGCAGGACCCUCUGAAAUGAAGGAUCUACAUAGCAGCAGUGCUUCCUGGAUUAAGUCCACUAGCAUUGUUCCCGUGCCAAGGACCAAGAUGGGUAUCCGCUUAUUCCUCAUAAGGAGUCCUGACAAUUGACUGGAUUCCAUAUGGUCACUAUUUUAUACCCAUAAGGUGCUUUUCUCAGAAUCAUGGCUCAGGCUUGUAACUAGGGUGUUCAGAGUUUACUAUAAACACGAUAGCUCUUUGGAAACGUUGCCACCUUCAUUGUUUUUUUUUUCCUUUUCUUCCUUUUUCUUAAAAAAAAACCCAAGUUGGAUCUUUAACAUAAUAAUUGUAGUUCCGAUGUCCAUAUGUCUUAUCCUUCCUUUGAUGCCAGUAUGUUCGCUGCUGUUUGUAAUUAGGUUUUACACUGCUCAGAUGCCUCUGUGGUCUCUCUGUAUUUCUUUUUUUAUAAAAACAUUAACGGAAAACUAAUCUAAUUUCAAAGCCGAUCCAUCCUGUUUCUCAUAUGCAAUAAUCCCCCCCCCCCGAUUUAUAUUUUCUCCAUCACACAUGUGACUCACACACAUUCCUACCCUGGUCUCAAUAUGAUGUUCGUUACUUAUUGGAAUUGCUGCUUGCUUAUUGGGAUAUAUAUAUAUAGAUAUUUUUGUUACCCCUCCCAAAUUUCAAAGGCAUCUAGUUUGGACUGUUGUGGCUCACUUCUUCCUCCCCACCCCUCACCCCCAUGCAAGAGGCUAAUCUGUGGUAUUCUUAAAACCAGAAUCUGGCCUAGCAAUUGAGUUUCCAUAUUUUGAAAAGGGCUCCAUAACCUGAAACCUGUUGUGUUUUCAGCUUGCUUGAUGUUAAUUAGGACUUUGGGCUGAUUCACCAAACCCCUAAUUUGUUCUUAUGGGCUGUGGUGUAAACACAGCAUCUCAAAAUACCUUUGCUGACAGGCAGAUCUGUGUAAAAUUUACCAUAAAUCUGUAGGUCACAGAUCUAAAGGGGAACCUUGUGUGAACGAUUAAGUUCCAUAAGUAUGUUGAAGCAUAAAUAAUUGGCCAUACCCAUAGAAAACUUAGCCGCAGCACCUGGACCUUUAUUAUUUUGAAGAUUCUAUAUAUAACCGCACUGUAAUGAGACUUUCUCACUUGGAAGAUGAUAAGCUUCUGAGCACAAAUCUAAAUCUGCAAGAACCCAGCCUGUGCUUUUUAGGCUGAAACUGGCACAUGUUUAAUUAUGGCACAGGUUACUAGUCAUACCUUAGGUAAAGCCUGCAGUUUGAUAGGAGUUGAGAUUACAAAGAAAAUGAGUUUAUAAAAGUUAUCUUCUGUAUGUCAGUGGCUUUAGCAUCCUGAGCUUUGGGGUUCCAUCUGAGAUUCAACAUAGAUUGCACUUGGGGAACAUUAUUAGUUCUCUCUGCAGUUUCCAAUCACUUUCCCACCACUCGUUUCUUAAAGGGGAACAGAAGUCAGUAAUUUAGGAUCAAUAGAGCUAUGUAAUCAAUGGUACAUGACUGCAGCAUUAAUUUCCAUUCUCAUAAGCAUCAAUCCUGUUGCUGUCAAUCAAUUACAAGGAACUAAGGUAGCAAAUGACAACUUUUUGCUCAGCAAGCACUGACUUAGAGUGCAAGAUAUUUCCUCCCAACACACAUACCUCCCCCCUCUCUUAUCAAGAUUCUACUUAAGAGGAAUGUAUGUUGUUUGUUUUAAAAAAUGGAAUUUCAGUGGCCAACUAGUACAUCAUUCUGUUCUAUUCUAUUUAGUUUGCCCUUAAUUGGAACAGCAUUCAAGCUAUGUAUGCUUCAUCAGAUGGUCUUUAGUGAAUACAAGGGUUUUGCAAGUCUGGACAACAAGGUCCCUGUUUCUUGUGGUAAGGAGCUAGGAGCAACUCGUCUGUUUUAAUCUUCAAGGAAAUGUUCACAAAAGCUUCCCCAUCUCUUCUAAUUUUUAUGUUCUUUGGUAUCUUAAGGCCCCAAUCCAGUUUACUGGAGAUUCAGGCUUUUAUCAGUUUGGUUGACUUUCUUAAAGUGAUGGUGCAUUCUUACCAGCCUAGUAGUCUUUACUGGUUCAGGGAUCAACUGUAAGGUGAAUUUUAUUCUGUCUUGCUGCUGUGACUUCAAAAAAUAUAUAUAAAAUGUAUUGCUGAUAACAAAAGUGCUAUUUAAUGAAAUGUAUAAUUCCAUUUAUUUAUUUGUUUGAGGUUUGUUUUCGUGUCUCUCCCCCUGCCCCAAUGUUUUAAUAAUUGACACACUUUGAAUGAAGUACAUCUUAGGCCAUAAAGUAAAAUUCCCUUAACCCUACUGUGUUAUCCAUUAUUUCAGUAAAGCCAUUUGACUAGCUGAAGGCAAAGUGGGGAGGGGCAACCUUCGGUCCCAGUUCCUAAGAAAAUCAAACCUUUGACUUAUUAACUGGGUAGUUGGUCGUCUUUCUUUCCUUUUAAUGUACAGGAGAUUCCAUAGCAUAUGCACCAUGUUGAAUUGGGGCCAAAGGGCAGAAUGUGCAUUGUGCAUAUCUCCAUGCAAGCCCAACUUAAUUAGGGGUUAUACAGCCUGAAAGAUUUGUACCUCUUUGAGCAAACAUAACUUGUUUUUGAGAAGAGAAUCAGAAUGAAAUGAUGUUGAUGUAUUUUGGUUUUACCACUAAAAAAUGAUGGAAGCUUUCCAUUAAAUGUUUUGGCUUAAAUUCCAAAAAAGAAAAAAGAUAAGAGCAUUUAUCCCACUUCUUUAAUAUUAAACAUUUUUAUAUAGCUUUUUUUAAAAAAACAAAACACAAAUUGGCAAACACACCAAAGAAAUGGACAAGAUGAAGAUCAUUAGCAAACCACAAACCUCAUUCUUUUAAAAACAAAACCAGAGUUUUGUAAAUAUUUCUGUUUAUAAAUGUACAGCAGAGUAAGAGUCUGUUUUUUAGAUUAUUUAAUUACCAUAUUUCUAAUCUAUUUACAAUAUUAGAGACCAUAUUUGUAAAUUCCCAAGGCUUCUGUUUCAUUUUUCAUUUUUGACUUAUUUCAUUAUUCAUAUUAGGAACAAUCUGCCCUCAUAGGGACAGCAUGAAGACACAACAUUUUGUAUUUGUUGGUUUUUGGUACUUCAUACACACAAAGAUGCCCAGUGUAGGAGUAACUGUGGCUCCCUGCAAGUGUUGAUUUGCAAAUUAGAAGCCAGCUACAUGAACAAGUUUUUCCUUCUCUAAGCACAAACUCUCUUCCACUAACCCCAUUCAGUUUAAUGCUAUAUCUGCACCAGUGCUAACCAGGAUUCCCCUUGUCUGUGUCAGAUUAAGAUGGCAACCUUAUUUUAGCAUUAACCACAGUGCAGGUGCAAUGUUUCAACCAUAGUUAAAGCUGACACUGGAGAACGAGAAGGAAAUAAUCCCUGAUAGAGAAGGAGUGAGAAGGACCCACAUUCCUUAAGCAAAGCCAUGUUUACAAAUCAUGGCUUACCUUACAGAGAGCCAGCAUUUCGUUUGCACCAGCCUCAAGUGACUGAGAAUAUAGUCCACUGGGAAUGUUGCCUACAGAAGCACACUUGAAGUAAAUUGGUGGUUCUCGUCUGUGGCAAGCUCCAGUUCCUUUCAGCAGAGCCUGAGAUGGAGACCUUUGCUGUGGAUUUUAUGUCAGGUUUUAAUGAAGGGUGGGAUAAUGAAACCUGAAAUCCCAGUCUAACUCGAUAUGGUCAGUUUGUUGCAAAUUUCACUGUGAGAAGGAUGAUGUACCAUUUUGCCCGCCAUUCUUAUCUUCCAUGCAGUUCUUUCUGUGUUAGCAGCAUCGUAACAUAUUUUGUUCUUCCUUUUGUAAUGUAAGGUUUUGCGUUGGGUCAUUUUGAAUUAAAAUAAUUACCAAAUUCUUUUAAA